AAGAUGCCCAUGACUCCCGCUGUUGCUCGGACACCUUGGAGAUGACCCGUGCCCACUAGCAUGCCUGGAUGGUUCAAAAAGGUGUGGUAUGGGCUGGCAUCUGUGCUCAGCUGCUCCUCCUUCCUCCUGAUCAUCGUGGCCCUGGCCGUGCCCCACUGGCUGAGUGGGAAGAUCCUUUGUCAGACUGGAGUGGACCUGGUCAACGCCACGGACCCAGAGCUGGUCAAAUUCAUUGGAGACAUUUACUACGGGCUCUUCCGAGGGUGUAAGGUGCGGCAGUGCGGGCUCGGGGGACGCCAGUCCCAGUUCACCAUCUUCCCUCACCUGGUGAAGGAACUCAACACGGGCCUCCACGUGACAAUUCUGCUGCUUCUCUUCCUGGCCUUGGCCCUGGCUCUGGUCAGCAUGGGCUUUGCCAUUCUGAACAUGAUUCAGGUCCCCUACCGGGCAGUGAAUGGCCCAGGGGGCAUCUGCCUGUGGAAUGUCCUGGCAGGUGGAGUCCUGGCCUUGGCCAUCGUCAGCUUCAUGGCCGAGGUAAAAUUUCACGACCUGACGGAGCGAAUCGCUAACUUUCAGGAGCGGCUCUUUCAGUUCGUGGUGGUGGAGGAACAGUACGAAGAGUCCUUUUGGAUCUGCGUGGCUAGUGCCUCAGCCCACGCUGCAAACCUGGUCGUGGUGGCCAUCAGUCAAAUUCCCCUCCCUAAGAUCACGACCAAAAUUGAAGAGGCCACAGUCACGGCCGAGGACAUCUUAUAUUAACAGCCUUCUUCUGCCCGCCCCCUUUCUUAAGCCAGCUCUGCGGUGGGAUGGAGACCUUCUAGCCCAUGAUGUUCCUGUUCUUGGCAGGAAGAUGAAAAAUGUGGAGGAACUGGGGCAGGGGCACAGGGAGUGGAACGGAAGGGAAAAGCUUUCCUGGGAUCCCUGGCAUCACUAUACUUGCCCGAGGACUUGGGAGUUGAGAGCUGACACUUGCUAGCUCAAUGUGACAUGGGGCCAUUCCCCGAAUGCCUGCUGCUCAGCUUCCUCAUCUGUCAGAUGGGAUUGUUAUGAGGUUUAAAUGGGUGAUGACAUUACCAGCCUUUGUAUUCUGAAGAGAAACAGAAGUUCUAAAUUAACUGUUCGUGGGUAUC